AUCAGUCUAACAGCACUGUUGCUCAUUUGAGUAUGAGCCCCCAUCAGCAAAUCUAUCAAGAAGAAAACACAGAUGGAAGUUAUCCUGAAUCCCACUCUAGUUUUGCAGUUGAAGGCAACACUGAGGCAGACAGGAGGUUGUGGAUUGGUCCCAGGGUAAAUCCAGGUCCUUCAUCUUCUAUGAAAGAGAGGCUAAUGCUGGCCAUUGGAUACUUGAAAGAAUGCACAAAAGGCAGAGAUGUGCUUAUUCAAAUUUGGGUGCCUAUUAAGAGAGGAGGCAGGCAAUAUCUCACCACUCGUGAUCAGCCAUUCUCUCUUGACCCAAACUGCAAGAGUCUUGCAGGCUACAGAAAUGUUUCCAAAGAUUACCAGUUCAUAACUGAGGAGGAUUCAGCUGAGUCUGUCGGGUUGCCCGGUAGAGCCUUUCUGGGGAAGUUGCCUGAGUGGACUCCUGAUGUUCGUUUCUUCAGAAGCUACGAGUAUCCUCGUAUCGAUUAUGCUCAGCAGUACGAUGUUCGGGGUUCUCUGGCCCUUCCCAUCUUUGAAAACGGCAGUGGAACUUGCUUGGGGGUCGUUGAGAUUGUAAUGACUCCUCAAAAGGUCAAUUAUCGUCCAGAACUUGAAUAUGUCUGCCAAGCUCUUGAGGCUGUUGAUCUCAGGAGCUCUCAGAACUUCUGCCCUCACUGUGUAAAGACGUGUGAUGAGCUGUACCAAGCUGCCUUGACUGAAAUAGUAGAGGUGUUAGCAUCUGUCUGCAAGACUCAUAGAUUGCCUUUGGCUCAGACUUGGGCUCCAUGUAUCCAACAAGGCAAAGGCGGAUGCCGACACUCUGAUGAGAACUAUGCUCAUUGUGUGUCGACAGUGGAUGCUGCUUGCUUUGUGGCUGAUCUUGACAUAUUGGGCCUCCAUGAAGCGUGCUCCGAGCAUCACCUGUGUCGAGGUCAAGGAAUUGUUGGAGCAGCAUUCACAACAAACAAACCGUGUUUUGCAACUGACAUAAAAGCCUUUAGCAAGACUGAAUAUCCUCUCUCUCACCAUGCUAGGAUGUUUGGGCUGCAUGCUGCUGUAGCAAUUCCCUUUCGAAGUGUCUGCACCGGACCAGCUGAUUUUGUCCUGGAGUUUUUCUUACCUAAGGAUUGCCAAGACCCUGAAGAACAGAAACAGAUGCUCAACUCACUGUGCAUUGUUAUACAGCAGGCUUGUUGGAGUCUACAUGUUGACGUAGACAAAGAACUAGAAGAGGAAAUCAUGUUCCCAAUCAGGGAACCAGUUAUUGGUUCAGAUGGAGGACUUCAUGAAGAAGAAACUCAGAGACUGAUAUCUUCUCCCACCGAAGAGCCCUCUGGAAAAGAGUCUUCCUGGAUUGCACAUAUGAUUGAGGCCCAACAGAAGGGUAAAGGCGUCUCUGUCUCAUUGGAUUAUCAAACAGAAGAACCUAAGGAAGAGUUCAAGGUGACAACCCAUUGGGAUAACACUCAGGGGAGUUUACACAGUGGGCAGGUAUUUUCAGAAUUUGGGCAGCUUCAUCAAAGUUCUGGAUCACAUGGAAAUGUUGAGGGUGGUGCAGACUCUUAUUCUUUUGGUGGGCGCCGCACAUCAGGUGGCAGAAAAGCCGGUGAGAAGAGGAGGACAAAGACAGAGAAGACAAUCAGCUUGCCAGUUCUUCGGCAAUAUUUCGCAGGGAGCCUAAAAGAUGCUGCCAAAAGCAUUGGAGUUUGCCCCACUACUCUGAAAAGGAUAUGCAGGCAGAAUGGGAUUACCCGAUGGCCUUCUCGAAAGAUAAAAAUGGUAGGCCACUCUCUCAAGAAACUCCAGCUCGUGAUCGACUCAGUCCAGGGUGCUGAGGGUGCUAUUCACAUCGGUUCCUUCUACUCGAGCUUCCCAGAGUUGAACUCUCCAAAGUUUCCAGGGUCUGGUCAGUAUUCAUCAAUGAAUAUGAGCGACCAUUCCAAGCAAGUAAACCCUCUACAACAUGAUCAGAGUGGCUUGUACAGCCAUGGAACCACUACAAAGUCUCCAUCCUCGUCAUGCAGUCAGACUUCUGGUCCAAGUGUCUGUGUUGCUGGAGCACAACAGCAUACAGUUACUAUCAACACCUUGAGUAGUGGAGAUGCUUUAAUGACAGAAGACCCUGUUGGAGUGCUAAAGAGAGCUUGCAGCGAUGCAGACUUACAUGCCUCAUUUCAAGAGGAAACAAAGCUUAUCUAUAGAUCCGAAAGCCAUAAAUCCUUCAGUGACAACCUGAGUUAUGAGAACUUACCUCCCUUACCAGGAAGCAGUGGCAGGAGCUUGCGGGAUGGUUUACAGAGUAAAAGCUACUUUGGGAUGAAAAAAAUAAGGUUCAGCAUGCUACCAAACUGUAGUUUCAGAGAUUUGCAACUGGAGAUUGCAAGAAGAUUCAAUUUAGAUGAUAUCAGUAGAACCGAGAUCAAGUACCUGGACGAUGAUCGUGAGUGGGUUCUUUUAAAUUGUGAUGCUGAUCUUGAAGAGUGCAUGGAGAUAUACAGCUCAUCUCCAGGCCGCACAGUCAGGCUCUGCCUUCAACAAGUUUUUCAUCCAAAUUUAGCAGCCUCUUUUGGCAACAGCAGCCCAUCCUAACAUUAUCAUCACUACUGCAGUUUUCUACUUGGCACAUGUUGUCUAGGAUCAAAGAGUAUACAGUUGUUAUCUGGUGGAGUUGUUAGAAAGGGAUUAUGUUGAUGGUUGGUUGAGAACUUAGGAAUCUGUUCACAGUUUUAUGUCAGCAUAAAAAGAAAUUUCAUCUUAUUUUGUAGAUCAAAUGGUU